AUGUCGCAGAGACAGAGUCGCGUCGGGCCAGCCCUGGAGCGCAAGUCGACAGGAAAGGCUGUAGGUUUCGAUGCGAGGUUAUGGAGCGAGAGCGGACAAGGAGGGACCUUACGUAGGCACAGGGGAGGAGACCGUGGAGGAGACUCGUGGAGAGGAGCUGGUCGGUCGUGUACAAUUGAAAGCGCCCGUGUUUCGUCGUCAAGGUGGACUCUGCGCGGAAAGACGAUGUACCGGUGGAGGGGCGUGAAAUUGACAGGAACCUGGAAGCGACUACCCUGUCUCAACAGUGGGGAAGCUGGGAAGGUCGACUUGUUAUCGCAGCAGCAGGAAGCGUGA